CCUAUUUCUUCCUUAGGACAUACAUAAAGCAGUAUUGAAGGCAUUUAAUAAAAUAAAAACAAAAUGAACCAUAUAAGAGAAAAGAGUCUAUUCGUAACCAAAUAUUUGAACUGUUCUAAAAAACCAUGCUGUAGAAAUCCGAAUUCAGUCGCCUUCAAACGUUUGGACACCUUUAAGAACCUGAACAGGACAACAGGAUUUUGCAGUAGCAGCUCACAGACACCAAUAUUCUCAUGGAUCCAAGUCCGAUACAAAAACGACUCGUGUAACCCACCCAAGAAGGACAAUAUAAUUCUUCAUCGUGACAUGAAAUUUCCAAAUUUUGAUGAAUACAGAAAAGAUGAAUUCAAAAAUCCCAAAGAAACGAAGUGGCACUCCGGCGACGAAAAACCUGGGUAUACGUAUGUUGUCGGUUUCUUUGGCUUCCUAGCUGGAAUGUACAGUACAAAAGGGGAGUUGUAUCACUAUGUGACUUUUAUGGGUCCCCCUGCCGACGUGUUAGCUUUAGCGACCAUUGAGGUAGACAUUUCGGACAUUGGACCUGGGAACUGUGCUACUUUCAAAUGGAGAGGAAAGCCUCUUUUUAUUAAACAUAGAACAUCCGCUGAUAUUUCGUUGGAAGCGAAGACUCCUCUGACUGCUUUGAGAGAUCCUCAAACGCCAGAGGAGCGAACAUUGAAGCCAGAAUGGCUUGUGGUCAUCGGUAUUUGCACUCAUCUGGGCUGUGUGCCCAUACCUAAUUCAGGGGAUUUUGCUGGGGGCUUCUACUGUCCGUGCCACGGCAGUCAUUUCGACAAUGUUGGCCGUGCCCGAAAAGGUCCAGCUCCAACUAAUUUAGAAAUACCGACUUAUAAAUUCCUUUCUGAUAAUCUUUUGUUAGUAGGUUAGCUGUUAUUGUAAUGUCUUGUCCUAAGACUUUACUAAUGAAUCCUUGAAUGUUAAUUUUAUACUUUUA